UCAGAGUCUUGUAACAAGCCGAACGAAGUUUAUGAGCGGUGUACCUUCGACUGCCCUCCACAGACGUGCGACAGUCUCGACAAAGCGUAUGCGUGUCCAUUGCAGAAUAACCAAACUUGCGUAGGAAAAUGUAAAUGCAGACCCGGCUACUACAGAAAUUUAAUCGGAGAAUGUAUUUCCGAAGAAGAUUGCCGAAGAUGUCCCGGAAAACAUGAAUAUUAUUCUUGUGGCGGAGCAUGCGACAACAUUUGUGACAAACUAAGCGAAGAGAACCAGACAAGUUGUUCGAUAAUUAAUAUAAAAUGUAAU